AUGCUACUCGAACUGGUUCUGCUCGGACUCAUCGCCUAUCUUUUGCUCGCCUGGCACAGAAAAGAAGUUGCGAAGGUGAGCGAAACAAAGAACUUCUGAUAAGAAAUGGCAGUUCAGGGUGGCGAAGGACUCGGAGCAGCUGGCCCGAUUUUAGAGGAGUUGGAGAGUGUCGUCUACAAGAUCAUCGACAUUUUCAAGAAACAAGCCAACUCCAAGAAAGCGUAAGUUGCCUGUCAGUUGCCAGUUGUUUGACACAGCUCCGUUUCCAGUUUGACCUCGCAGAGCAAUCCGGACGUGUCCGCAGACGAAGCGCCGACCCAGAAGAACUCGCCACGUGUGGCUCAAGUUGAGAAAUUCGAAAGUGUGCGGCAGCAGAGGGAGAAGAGCCGCUCAAAGCAUCACUCCCGACAUCGUUCCAAGAUGGAUAGCGCUCUCAAGGCUGCCCAAAAAUAA